CUUGUCUCAUUUGCAGCCCCACUGUCAUCGAGCCCUCCCUCCUCCCCCGCGCCAGCCCUUGGCCCUGGCUCCUUUUCUUCUUCACCUGACCUCUUGUUUUUAUUUUUCGCGGCAGAGAUCUCAUGUUCUAUUUCAUAUUUGCUUGCGUCUCUUACCUCAUCCUUCUACGCAUCAAUGUUUUCUCUUCCGAAACUGCCUAGUAGUGGGCCCCUUAACUCCUUUCGUGAUUCGGUCGUUGUGUCUUUGUGACACUAGAGGUUUAAGGUUUCUAUCAGAAAAAUGAAAGGACCAUUCACAGGUGCAGCUGCAAAUUUAGGUGUUGUGUAGCUUGCUAGUGCUGACAGGUCUUGUGCGCCUGCUGGUUUUGCAAAGGUGCAGAGUACAUAGCUGCGUUGAGAAUGCUCUGAGACCAUUGUAAUUUAGACAAAAAUUGCGGGGGGGUUUGGACAGGUUUAGUGUUCGGUAUUUUCCGAGAAUCGAUUUCGUGAGAAAGGUUCAAGGGUCUUGUAGCUUCAGGUAGCGAAAAUGGGAAGAGUGAAGUUAGAGAUUAAGAAGAUCGAGAAUCCAACGAACAGGCAGGUAACGUAUUCCAAGAGGCGAAACGGUCUCAUUAAGAAGGCAUAUGAGUUAUCAGUUCUUUGCGACAUCGACAUCGCAUUGAUCAUGUUCUCACCUUCAGGCAAACUCACUCAGUACAGUAAUUGCAGUAUCGAAGAUGUCAUUGGUCGGUUCGCCAACUUGCCAAUGCAUGAGCGGAACAAAAGUGUUGGAUAUGUUCUAACGAAUAGUUACGUUGGAAUGUGCCCGCUUACCAUCUCCCGCGCGGCUGUAUUUGCAUCGUUCAGAAAGAUCGAGAACUUGGAGUAUCUUCACAAAGCACUGAAAAAGCUUGCGGGAGAGAAAGACCUUGUGUCAAAUCAACUUCUGCUGAAUGGCAGCAAGAGCUACGAAGUUGGGUUGUUGCAAGAAGAGUUGAAGAAAUCACAACAGGAGAAGGAGCUUGUGCAACAGCGAGCGAGGUUAUAUCUGGCAGACGAGCAACUGCUGCAAAGUAUUACCUCCGUCCAUGAGUUAGCCAACAUGGAAACCGAAUUAGAACAAGCACUCGAGAGAGUGCGAGCUAGGAAGAAUUAUGUGAGCAGUGCAUAUGAGGCUGCUAGUGUUAUGCAGAGACAACAACACGAAUUCUUAGGGAACAGUUAUCAACAGAUGAUAGCCAUGCGUCAACAGCAGCAGCAGCAACAACAACACCAUCAGCAGCAGCAAGCCGGCAUGACAGGGACACAAUCAUCAUUCUUGCAAUGGCCUGUGCAAGAGCGUGGAGAGGCUACUCUUCAAGAUUUUAUGGAGCAACAGACGAAUCCUGCUGCUGCACUCAUGCCAACACCGUUAGCGAGCCGGGAGGUGCCUAGCAGUGGUGAAGCGAAUUCUACUGGUUUUUUUGGAUCUGCGUCACAAUCAAGUUUACAAUCACUGGGACAUAUCAAUAUUUUGGGUGGUAAUCGAGGUUUGAGCAUACAUGACAUGGCUAUGGAUCAGUCUUCUGCUCAGUAUGACGAUCACAAGAAAGCCAAACUUGAAGCGAGUAUGGGAUUUGCCUCUUCACCUGGUAGAGCUGCUGCAGAAGCAGCUGCAGAUACUUUUACAAAUCAGUCUGAGCAUGGAAGCGCCACCAAUUCUAAUUGGCACCAGGCACACCACCAUGCUCAAGCAUACACAAAUUCCCAGUAUCCAACAGGAUACUUUACUCAGAGUGCCGAUGCAUGGAAAUAAUAUUUGGAAUAGCAUCAGUGUGGAGAAAUUUGAAAUGGGAUUGGCAAGUAUUCAAAGGGGGGUGUUCAGUGAGCAUGAAGAUGAACCCGUGCUCUUGAAUAAGCGAGUUGAAGCUGUAUUGAUUUUGCUGGUUAACAAAAAGCAUGUGGACAUCAACGAUUAUUGAAAACUUGGGUCCAGUGAUGGAAGGUGAUCAGUGAGAGUGCUGUUCGGACAGUAAUCACUAAUAUCUGUUUUGACUCUUGGCCCUCCGAUCGACAGGUCUUCCGCCGUCCCCUUAAAGUCACAUCGAUCCAUACCAAAUCGUGUUGAGUGUAGCGUAGGGUUAAAAGGAGGACAAGCUUCGACACGCGAUGACAACAAUGAGAAUGAGACAUUUCGGACUUGCCAUCAGGAAUGGCUCUUCUUUUGAAAUUAUAAGCGACAGAGUCACGUACCGGAUGUGAGAAAAAUCCCAGAAGCCAAGACUGAUGUCUGGUGUGUCGAACCUUGUCCCGCCACUGAAGACUUUAGCGGCAGCUGUUUGGUACCGUAGUCAAAGUCUUAGUUGAUUUAGGUUCCAUAUCAUUAUGUAACAGUGGGUAGAGGUGCAGCCCACCACUUUCCCAAGUAUCUUCUUGGUCACUAUUUUUCGAACUUGUUAGUUUAGAGUGGAUUGUGAUUCAAUUCUUGAAAUAUUAAUGAACUUGAAACACUUAAUGUAGGGCCUUUUUCCCACUGUUGAACGUUC